AGACGUUUGACGAGUUCUAUUGAGUGCGUUUGAGUUUUGAUGAAAAAAAGACCCGCUUCAAAGUCACAGGAUUCAUGAAUGUUUGUGAGAAAGUUUGUGUCUGUCCACACACGUUGGGUAUUUUCCAGACUCGUCAAGUCGUCAUUCCUAUCUUGGUUAACAAUAAUAGUUUGUCCCCUACAGGAGCCGGCACUUGCAAAGGUGACUCCGGUGGUCCCCUGGUGUACAACGGGGUGGUGGUGGGGGUGACCUCAUUUGCGAUGAGAUGCGCCGAUUCCUUCUACCCUCACGUGUUCACGCGCGUCUCUAGCUACACCAACUGGAUCAACAACACUUUACGACAAAACCAGGUUGAGGUUGUGCACAAGCUCAGUCACAACACCGCCGUGGCUGCUGACGUCAGCAGUUUGAUGCUACUCGCCUUCGUAACCUCAAUAUGGAUAAUGAAUUCCGAAAUCAUUUAUUUUUGAAUUAAGUACCGUACCGAUGAUGAUUUAGGUACGAUUUAUUUUCUAAAUUUAUACAGAAUAAUUCACAAGUUUGGAAAUUCAUAUUGAAAAA